AUGAAGUGCGUUCAGCUCUUGAGCCUGCUGCAUAUAACGGGAGCUGACAACAGACGUAAAUAUACAUCCAUUGUCCUUAAGGAGCUGCAGAUCUUGGUUUCACCUAUGACUCUCCAAGACUCUUCUGCCAUGUUGGUGAACUUUACAGUACUGCAUAACAACGUGACCCAGAUAUCCACUGACACGGCCAAAAUUAGUGAAACCACAAAAAUGAUCUUCCUCAUCUUCACCAUUUUCAGUUUUUGCCUGUUCUUGUACUUUAUGACAGUUCUGCUGAUGGUCUACUUCACCACUCCCCGCGUACGUGACAAUUCCCGCUACAUAUUCUUUGCGCAUAUGCUCAUCAAUGAUACAACUUACCUUAUCUUGGGACUCUUUCUUUUAUUGGCUUAUAAGUAUAAGUUGUAUUUUCCAGUGUCCAUAUGUCAUUUCCUUAUCACCCUUAUCGCCACUAGUUUUUUGGUCACUCCGUACAACUUGGCGGCCAUGGCUCUGGAGCGAUACAUAGCAAUCUGUUUUCCUCUUAGACAUGCACUUUUAUGUACUGUCCAAAGAACAUAUCUGAUCAUUGUGAUGAUAUGGUUUGUUGGUCUACUCCCAAGUUUAGUGGACUUUAUUAUCCUCAUCCUUUCUGUUGAGAGGGAUUUUUUCUCCCAGAGUAUCUUAUGCAAACAGGAUCGGCUCAUAGUCCGUCAGAUGCAGUACACCGUAAGAUCCAUCUCCUACAUUGGUAGUUUAUUUCUGGUGGCUCUUCUCAUUCUAGUCACCUACAUCAAGGUUAUGUUGGUUGCUUGGAAAAGUGGUUCUGGUAAAUCUACUGCCUCCAGGGCUGGUAAAACCCUUCUACUUCACACGCUUCAACUCAUUUUAAGCAUGAUGUCGCUAACGUCUACAGUAACUGAGUCAUAUAGCGGAGAUUAUAUUGAUAUCUUAAUCCUGUCCAACUUUUUGAUGUUCAUGUGUUUUCCAAGGACCCUCAGCCCUCUCAUCUAUGGUGUAAGGGAUGAAGUGUUCAUGCAUGCAGGGGUGGAUCAAGCCCAUUUGGUGCCCAAGGAUGACCUAGAAAUAUGCCCCUCUCACCAACUGUGUCUUCAUAGUGUCAACCAGAUACCCAAUAAGAGUGCUAGUCACAGUGCCUUCAAGUCUGUGAGUAUGGCUGAGGGAAAUAUGCUUGAUUAUAUAACAACGAGUAUUAAAAUAAUUCUGACAGCUCUCUAUCAUGCUGGGAGCUGCGGACAUGGACAGAUACAGGGCAAACAGGGAAACAGAACAAAGAUGUUUUCCCUUCAAGCUCAAGUGAUUUGGAGGCCGUGCUGA